UGCAUGUGCAAUCCUCACAUAUAACACUGUGGUUGCAAAAGGGUGCGCCAUCUUUGUCAUCUAAUCACUCUUUGCACCCAUUGUUCACUUUGUUAAAGUAUGCUAGCACUAUUUCUACCGAAUAGUAGACGAUUGUGAUAAUAAAAUGAUAACAAGCUGUAAUAUUGGGAUGCAUAACACAUUUUUUCUAAAGGUAUUUACAAAGAAAUAAAACAGAAACUGCUGUGAUUGCACCUGGCACCUUUAGAUGGGAACAUACAGUGUCAACAAACCUACUUGUCAGGCUGGACCAGUCCAAAAAAGAAACUGGGAAGUAAAAAGCAGCCUCUUAGAUAAAGUACACAUGGUAAUAGUUUUGCCACACACCUCACAUAUGUUUAGAAGGUGUAUGACCUGGAACUAGAAUAUCAUAGACUAUGAUUUCAUUUGAUUACUGCAGCUGUGAAGAUCAGAGAGCCACAGUAGGAUUGGAAGUUUGUGUUUCGAGGCAAACAAAUGAUCUGUCAGCUGCACAGAAUUUCUGGAAUCUGAGAACAAUGUCGGUAAGAAGGAGUGGAGUAGUUAAGAUGACAUGCAGGGGUGGGAACAUAGGAAGAGCUACAGCUCCUGUGAGCUUUUGAGUUAUACUUGAGCCUGAGAGAUGAGACAUGCUGCCCAGGAGUUUUACAUUGUGUUGAUAUUUGUGUGUUUCAACUGAUUAUUUAUUUUUUCAGACACUGAUCACUUUUAAUCAUUGAUUUGUUUUCUUAUGUCAACAUGAGGUGGGGACAAUGCUGCUGCAGAACAUAAAAUGUGCUCAGGACUGAACUUGUGAACCCUAAAUUGACUUUUCUCAGAAAGGAUCAUCUUUGACUUCACUUAUUCUCAGAAACACACCAGGCUGUGGUCAUGUCAAACUCCCAAGAGCAGAGUCUCGAUAAGGAUGUAGAGUUCCUGCCGGUGAAUGAGUCCUCACCAGAGUUCCUGCAUUGUGAGAAGGAGCGUCAAGCAGUCGAGAGACUCCUAAAUGCAGGACCAGAGGCCUUUUACAGCUCCAUCGACACAGAGCGCUCCGGCUGCUUCCUGUCUUCUGAAGAAGUCAGUCAGAUAACCAGCUGGGCUCAGGACUACCGCUUUAAUCCGCUACAGGUGCAACGACAGGAGAAUGGAGAGGAAGGCAGCUCAGAGAUGGAGGACAUCUGUUCCACCUACUACCCUUCCUACUCAGACACACCAGCCCCAAACCUGGAGCUGGGCUGGCCUGAAAAAAGCCCCUGGGUGUCAAAGGGAAGCGUUACAGUCCACACCAGUCCUCCUGCAGAGGGAGAACCUCCUGUCAGACAGAUCAUCAGACGGCAUUUGCAAAAGGCUGGCCAAGUAAUUGCCAUUGUGACAGACCGACUGACAGAUGGUGCAGUAAUUGGUGAUUUACACAAUGCUGCCUCCCGGGGUGUCCCCGUCUACAUCAUCCUGAACCAAAGAUCCAUUCAAGAGAACUUCACACUCAACAGGCUCAGGCAUCCAAACAUGCAGGUCCGUGUUCUUGGAGGGAAAACUUUCUCUUCGAGGACGGGAAGAAUGGUGGUUGGGGAAAUGAAAGACAAGUUCCUCCUGGUGGAUUUAGAGACAGUGAUUCACGGCAGCUACAGCCUCACAUGGACAGAUGCCCACCUGCACCGGCAGCUGAUCACUGUUCUAAGCGGCCCAGUUGUUGACUCAUUCGAUAGGGAGUUCAGGAUCCUUUUUGCUGCUUCGAUCCCCAUGCCAGACACAUGGAGGGUCACAGGUACUCAUGUAGGCCUAGAUGUGACUCAUCAGCUGAAAGACCACUCAGAUCUCUGUUUUCAAAGACAUCACCAUUCGGAGCCUGAGAUUGCCAACCCUCCAUCCCCACCUGCUGAGUCCCUCCUGGACUGGGAAGCCAUGGGGGUUAUCCAGAGAAACAGCUGCUUCCCUGACAGUCAUGUCAAGGAAAUCAUGGCCAAGGAAAUGCCACUGCAGAGCAAAAUGAUAUUUGAUAAAAAUACACCCAUUAUGGAUGGUUUUACUAACAAUGGAAACCAAUUUGUGGAUAAGAAAAGGGUAUAUGAAAACACUUUUCCAGUGAGAAACAAUGUGCCAGAUGAAUCAACAACUUUCAACAACACACAACUCUCACCAACAGACCUGAAAGCUCUAGAAACAAUGAAGAGUGUGGAACAUAUAAUAAAUAAAGCCAACUUCAAGCAACUCUCCAUAGAGAAGAGCACCAGUUUAAAUGACAGAACAACAAGACUUGAUGAUAAAGCAACAAAACCAACAGACAAUAUGAUCACAAUUUCCUCUUCUAAGAGAAAAGAGUGCUCAAAGAGGGAGGCCAUUUUGGAAACAGAUAGCGGCAUAAAUGAAACUAUCUUCAAAGUGGAGAACACACGAUCUUCGAGAAAACCUAUCAUCCUGAGGGUGCCGCAGUCUGAGAGCUUCAGCUCUCUAAGUGACAUUAUGAAGAGGAUUCAGCCUCAGCAGAGCACUUCAGGACUGCUCAGGAGAGGACCAAAGGCCGCUGUGUCAGAACUGAGCCAGUCCAUGCUGGAGCUGAGUGUACCCAACACAGAUGAUGACAGAGGAGCCCCAGUGCCAAGGUUUAAGGCUGCUCAGUGUUUUGACCCGGAUAAUAUGACGCCUGCUCUUGCCCUGAUGAAGAAGAGGAACGAUGAGUUGAAACCUUUAUUGUACAGAACUCCAAAAAACUUUCUGCCCAGAGAGAGGCCUCGCAGCUCCAGUUAUGCACUCAGUAUGGACUGGAGGAGGUCACUGGCAGAGACCGAACAGGAAUAAGGAACGAGGAAGAAAAUACAUGAGCAUCAUGUUCUGUAAUAUCAUGUUCUGUCACCGAGAAAAGGCAGCAGCUGCCAGGAGCGGAUAGUUACAAACUCUGCAGUGUUAAUUACCCAAAUUAAGCCCAAAACAGGCUGUGAAUCUGACAAUAAAACCACUGUAAUAUACUGUAUAUAGGAUGUAUAUCAGUGCUACCUGAAUUUGAUAAGAUGUUUCACUGUACAUACAGCAAAGCUUUACUUUAGAAUGUUAAAGUACAUGAAACUGUUCUGUUAAUGCUAUCAGCUGUUCUAACCACUGAACCUCACAGAAAAAUAAAUUAUAGAUUAAGAACCUUUUGAUUAACAAAUGGAAUAAUUAUGAUUUUAUUAAGCCUUCAGUAAGUGCCAAUACAUGUACAGUGCAUUUGUGUUUGAUACAAGAGUGUAAAAGAAAAUGGUGCUGAUGAAUUGACAAAAGAUGUCAGAAGGAUUAUUUUGUUCAGUAUAUGGUUAGGACAUACUGGACUUAAUACAAGUAUACAGUAUAUUAUGAA